AUGGACAAAUAUAAAAAAUAAGCAUCUUCUAGAAACUGUUUUAUUAUCAUCUGAAGGAAAGCCAUAUAUUUGGAAAGCUAUUGAUAUUAGUUCUGAAUAUAAAAAUUAUCAAGAAGUUAUAAAUAAAACUAAAUCAAUGCUUUUAGAAUUAGAAGUAAUGAAUAUUAAAGUAUGCACUAUUGUUACAGAUAGUGCAGGUAUUUAUGUGGCUGCAAGUACUUCAACUCAAACAACACAAAGUAAUAAUAUUGAUUCAUUACAAAAUGAGUAUUUAGGCAAAGAUAAUAAAGAAACUGAAGAUAAUGAAGAAUGCAAUUUGACUUAUAUCUCUGAAACAGAAUUCAGUGAGGAGAAAACUGAUAUAAUUGAAGACCAAGAUAAUGAUAAUUUUGUAGAGUUAGAUAAUAGUGUUCAUCUAGCUAUAGAUAAAAAUAAAAAUGAAAAUUAUCUGAUUUAUUUUGCUUAUUAG